AUCAGUGCGACGGAAGUAGCUUGCACGUCAGAAAAAAAGAACGACGAUUCUGGCUGAUUCAUUGUAGCCACCGGGUUUGUCUUGACUUUACACCAAAACACAGACUUUUCUAGUCAUUUAUCGGAACAUACCACAGGUAAGACAAGUAAAAUCUUUAAUAUAGUUAAACGCUUUGAUUAAACUCUCUAAACUGGAUUUUAAAGUUGAUUGUUUGUGUCUGUUUCACGGUAAGUUGACAGCAUUAGCAUGAGUAAGCUAACAGUUAGCUAACGCUGUUCACAGUUUUUGUCUCGAGAAGAGGGGAUUUUGUUUUAUUCACUUUAAUUGAAUGAGAUGUUCAAUGAUAGGUUAACCACAGCAGGAGUGUUGGGAAUAAAGAUGAGUGAUUUUGUCUGGGAUUUUCUGCUGUGUGAAUACGUGACUCUGCAGAUAAGUGAGCUCACUGAAGCUAACCAGCAAUGAGAUCUUGCUGCUACUUUAAAACAGAAAUAACUGAAUCAAACCACACUCUUUUGUCUUAUUAUCAUCAAAUAAGCAUCUUAUGUCUGCAACUUCAGCAAUUAAUGUGAAAGACAGUUUUUACCUGUCUGAUUACCUGUCGUGAGUCACAGACCCAGAGAUCCUCGAUUUAGACUUUUUAGUAUCUGAUCUGACCAUUUAUCCAGUUGUAAAAUCCUGGAGAACUGAAGUAAAAUAUUAACAUAAAUAAGGACAUUUUGUUGAAUUAGUUAGUUUUCCAUUUCUGUGAACAAUUAUGUGAACAUGUUGUUGUUGUGAAUUUAUAGAGAUGUUUAUAGGCUGUGUCUGCAGCCCAGACUUUAAUAAGAAGAAGUUUUCGUGGACCUGUAAUUUUCUCAGAGUUUGUGUUAGGAGUGUACCUUAAAAAAAAAAAAGCCUAUCAAUCUUGAAAGUUCAUAUGCAGCACACUAACUUUGCUCCAUAACAAAGUCAUGUCUCAUUUGAAGGCUCAGUUUGAAGAUAAAUGAUGACGUGAACUCCUCCAAGCCUGCUUACAACUGUACUCUAAAAUCUUUGCUGUGAAUAUCAAGGCUCUUUGGGUUCCUAGUAAAAUAUUAAAUGUAUCUCAGGUCAGGUGUACAGUCAAGAAGUAAGAUGAUUAUUUAAUCAUGUCUGUCUUAACAGAUUCCGGUAUGGAUCGGCUGCUGAGGCUCGGUGGGGGAAUGCCAGGACUUGGCCAGGUAUUACUCCUUUUUUUAUGUUUAUUAAUAAAGAUCUUAUACAAUGUUUUUCUUAUCAACAUUAAGAUUAAAACAUCCCCCACUCUUCCUACUUUUAAAUCACGUUUUAUAAUAUCUUAUCUUAUAUCUUAUAUCUUGGUUUUUAUCUCAGCAUGAGAGUUGUGUGAUCUCUGUCCUUUAAUGUCUUUUAUGGUCCCUGUAUCACUCGUAUUUCUUUUAUGCUUUUGUGUUUUUAUUGCAUUUGUUUUAUUUCAUUUUAAAUGUUUUUUACCUGCUUUUAUUUAUUUAUUUUAUCUUGAUGUUUUCUGCAGUGUCUUUUCUUUUAAUUUUAUUGUGCAGCACUUUGGUAAACAUGGAAAACAUGAAUGUUUUGUAAAAUGUGCUAAAAUAAAGCAGAUUGGAUUAUCAGAAUCCUGUUAACGCAGACACUUUUAGCCCUAAAAACAUUUAAAACUUUGACCUGAAAGAAUCUCAUAUUGAGUCUGUGUUCUUUUUUUUUUUUUUUUUAGACACCACAGUUAUAAAGGAUUAAAACUUAAAAAAGCAUUGUACAUUAAAAUACAUGACAUUUAAGAUUGUUAGUGCUGUAGAAAAUAACUGGAGCAAGUGCUGUCUUUGAAAAACUUGAACUGAUGGAGACACUCUGCUUUGACACCUCAGGGCCCCCCAACAGAUGCACCAGCUGUGGACACAGCUGAGCAGGUCUACAUAUCCUCUCUGGCUCUGCUCAAGGUAACCACACACUUCCAAACAAAAAACAUCCCUCUAACCUUAAAUGCUAAUUUUGUACAUCUAGAACAAAAACAUUUUUGUGCAGGUGUUUUAUAAAAAGAUUAAAUUGCCUCUAUUAGUUUGGUUAGUUCUAUAUCUAGAACAUAAUUUCUAAAAUCUGCCAUCAUGUUUUGUCAUACAGCUUUCUUUAGUAAGUUUGUUUCUGACUGGAUGCCAGGACAUGUCAAAGACACUGUUUUUAAUUAUGGUUUACAUAUUGAACUAGAGUUUAAUAGAAUGUUUUGUCCUUUUUCCUAAAUAUGAGUAUCUUUGUUCUUUUUCAGACUUUUGUCAAGAUUAGCUCAUAUUCUCCUAGCACUGUCUUUUUUUUAAAUCUUAUUACUAGUCCUGUGGAGCUCUUCUGUGGCAAAACCUUCAAUAUUUCGUACUUCUUGUGAAACUCUGUGACCUCUAACUCGCAUCUUCUCUUUGUCAGAUGUUGAAACACGGCCGUGCCGGUGUACCAAUGGAAGUCAUGGGACUGAUGCUGGGAGAAUUUGUCGACGACUACACAGUGCGAGUGAUUGAUGUGUUUGCCAUGCCCCAGUCUGGAACAGUAUGUAUUUUCCCAAAAUCCAAAAUGAUUCACAUUAUAAAUGAUCUGAACUCAAAGCCUUCUUACGUACCUGCUGAAUUAAUUAACUACUAAUUAAUUAACUCUAUGCUUUUGUGAUAAAUGGCUUGUUUUGCUCUGACUUUUAUUGUUUGGACAAAAUACACAUCAUCAUUACUAAAAUCCACUUUUGUGCCUCACAGGGUGUGAGUGUUGAAGCAGUCGACCCAGUGUUCCAGGCUAAGAUGUUGGACAUGUUGAAGCAGACUGGCAGGUAAAAUGAUAACACACAUCAACAGACAUUAAAUAACCUCACAACUUGUUUCUCUAUCAUUUUAACAUUUGCUGUGUCUGCCCUUCGUAUCACUCAUCAGACCAGAAAUGGUGGUGGGAUGGUACCACAGUCACCCUGGUUUUGGCUGCUGGCUGUCAGGCGUGGACAUAAACACACAGCAGAGCUUUGAAGCCCUGUCAGAGCGAGCCGUCGCUGUGGUGGUUGAUCCCAUUCAGAGCGUCAAAGGAAAGGUAACCUUGUCCUUCAGCUCUGGAAGAAUCUGGUGUUGAUUCAAACAAGAUCUGAUUGUAAUUCUGAAGUUAAAGUGCAUCAGAAAGACCUUCAAUAAACCUGUGCUUUGUGUUUUUUAGGUUGUUAUUGAUGCCUUCAGGUUGAUCAAUGCCAACAUGAUGGUAUUGGGUCAUGAACCGAGGCAAACCACAUCCAACUUGGGCCAUUUGAACAAGCCCUCUAUCCAGGUAACAUGUUCUACACGAUACCAUCGCCAUUUAAGUCAGUGUUUGUCAACUGGUGGGUCCCGACCCAAAAAUAAGUUGCGGACACGUUCUGCAUGGGUCAUGAACAGCUGGUCAAAAAAGUAAACACUUGAUGCGAGAUUUGAUAUUUUCUGUAUAUGCAACUUUAGUAGUUGUUAUUCUCAUGUUGUCCCCUUCAUGUGCUCUGAAAUGCACUUUACUCUAUAAAACAUUUGGAUUUAUGUUAAAGAUUAGAGUCUUUUUAAAGGUUUUGUUUUAAUAUAAAAUAAAUUUGCUUGGUUUAAUUCUAUAAAAGUGGGUCACGACUUUAGGACCAUGGGAAAAUGUGGGUCCCAGAGUGAGACCAGAUGAGAACCACUGAUUUAAGUGACAUUUUUUUAAAAGCAAUGGAAUAACUGUUCCCUGCAUCUUGAGUUUCUGUGUUCUGACAUUAUGUUUGUAACUUUUCCUGUUUCAGGCUCUCAUUCAUGGACUGAACAGACACUACUACUCCAUCACCAUCAAUUACAGGAAAAAUGAGCUGGAGCAGAAGGUGAGAAAAUACCCUAGUACAAAGUCAUUUCAUUUGGAUGCUUAUGUUUUUAUCAAAUAUAACAAAACCAACCCUUUUGUUCUCCAGAUGCUGUUGAACCUGCACAAGAAGAGCUGGAUGGAGGGUCUGACCCUGCAGGAUUACAGUGAGCACUGCAAGCUCAAUGAGACGAUUGUUAAAGAGAUGUUGGAGCUGGCCAAGAACUACAACAAGGUACAAAUUAAAGAACAACAACUGCCUAAAAUGUCCUGAAAAGCACUUUUAAUUCUGCUCUUCAAAGGACUGAGGUGACUUUAAAACAGCACCAAAAGGGGAACACUGGUUCCAGUAUGUUUUCAUUUUUAUGGUGCCUGUUCUUAAAAAGUUUGAAAAGAUUACUGAAAUCUUAAUUUAUAAUAAAAUGGUAAAAAAAUGUUCAUGAGGACAAAAAAAAAAAAAAAUUAAACCCUCAAAUAAUUCAGUUAAUAUACCUUGCAAUGGGUAAUAUUAAAUACUAGCACGCAUGACUAAUACUGGCUCUGUGAUAGAGCAUGCAUGCAGUGUUUGGCUUUUACAACAUAUUUACUGUCGUGAAUGGCCAGGAUAUUUUCUAACUUUAUUUCCCAGAGAAAGUGUUAUAUGCACAUCAAAAUGCUCUCAGAACAUAUACUCUUGGCAUGCCUUCUCAAUCAAUCAAUUAAACUUUAAUUAUAAAGCACUUUUCCUACAAAGAAUGUAACGCAAAGUGCUUUACAUUAAAUUUAAAACAAAAACUAUUCCCAGGUGACAACCCCCCACCCCACACACACACGACCUUACCCCACCCAACAAUACAAUCUCAUCUAAAGCCACACACACACACACACACACACACACACACACACACACACACACACACACACACACACACACACACACACACACACACUAAGAUGGUGGACAUGAGCACUAAGACCCCUUUUUCCACCUCAGGCUGUUGAAGAGGAGGACAAAAUGACCCCGGAGCAGCUCGCAAUCAAGAACGUUGGAAAACAGGUAACAAUGAAAUUUCACGCCUCUUUUAUACAAACAGUUUUAUGACUAAAUCACUCUUAAAUUUGUUGAAUUACUCCGUGGUUAGGGCCCAGUGCAUGAAUUACAAUAAAAGCAAACAUGCAUAUCUGUCUGAGGAGAGAAUUGAUACAAACAUGCAUAGAGCAGAUUACCUUUUUAUUAGAAUUUGUUAGGACACAGUUUUGUUAGUGUUAAAACAUAAUCAUAAAUCAAACCUCAUGGUUGGUGUUUUUGUCCACGAAAUAAUUUUACUUUUCGCCUUGCAGGAUCCCAAGAGGCACUUGGAGGAGCAUGUUGAUGUUUUAAUGACAUCCAACAUCGUUCAGUGCUUAGCUGCCAUGCUCGACACUGUAGUUUUCCAGUGAACGCCCCGUGUGUAUAUAUUGCAACCCUGUUUCUUUUAUAUAAAAUAAAUGUAUGUAUGAAAUGAAAACACUGGC